AAUUUUUGCAUGUAUGUUACAGGUGGAUUCCUAAAAUCGCAGGUGGAGGAUCCAGAAGACGAAGGAAUUUAGUGAGGACGCUGGGAGUAGCGGCGCGAAAUGAAGCAUGCAGCAUGCGUGGUAGCGGUGUCACGGCUGCGCGGUCUUGCCUUCAACCCCUGGUGUCCGCCAGCCGCUAUCUCGCCAUUCACGCCCUUCCUGGUGAUCCUCUCUACUUUAUUGUCGAGGCUAAAUCGAGAGUAAAGGAGGUUUAUACGCAGACAUGCACACUUCUCAGCCAACAGGGCAUGCGAGAUUGCGAACUUUUCGGUCUGGCAAUUUUAUCCGACGGUGAAUACCUAUUUGUGGAUCCUGAGAGUAAACUGAGCAAAUACGCCCCAAAGAAUUGGCGAAACUCUCAUACAUAUGGUUUGGAUAGUAGUGGGAGACCAGCCUUUGUUCUGUACUUUCGAGUUCGUUUCUACAUUGACACGCCAUUACUUUUAAGCGAUGAAACGACACGGCAUCACUAUUACUUACAAUUGCGCGACAAUGUCGUCAGGCAUGGCGGCGGGGUGGAGAGUCUCCAUCCUCACCAUCCCCUUCACGAACCGUCUAUUGUCACACCACUGCUCGUGCUCGCUGGACUUGCCCUUCAAGCCGACCUUGGCGAUUAUUCCGAGGAACGUCACAGACCACACGCAGGAUCUGUCGGCUAUUGCAAAUCCACGGAUUACCUUCCUCCUCAUAUGUGCCUUGAGUCGAACGUGCUCGCCGUGCUUGCAGCCCAGCACAGGGAGAACAGUGGGCUCUCCAGAGAGGAGGCAGAAUUACAAUACAUCCGGGAGGCGGUACAGUUGGAGGCGCCGCUCAACGCUCACCUCUAUCGGUUGCGCCGAAGUAAGAAUGAGGCGGGGCCAGGACGUAUACUCCUGGCAAUUUGCGCUCGCGGAGUGCGAAUCUAUGCCGAAGAGGAGACCCCGCGCAUUUUCGCUUGGAACAAUAUCGGAAAGCUCUCUUUCGACCGCAAAAAGUUUGAAAUUCGAGCGGUUGAUCAGCCAGAAAAGUUCACUCUCUACAGUGGAUGCGAUGACAAAAGCAAACUUCUCUUGGGACUGUGCCGUGAUACCCAUCAGUUUUCUAUGGCUAUAGCACCUAGAGUAAAUGAAGCUAUGAGACGGGAAGAAGAAGAACGGAAAGUCUUGAGGGACUGUUACAUGUAUCCUACCCGAUGUAAGUUGAGUCUCACAGCGCGCGGUGCGCGCGGGGACCAACGAAUUUCCGUCAUCUCAAGUACAUCUUCGAACACGACAUCCGGUAUUGUCAGCGAUCGGGUGCAUAGCGAAGAUGAGCCAGAUACCGCUCCAGCCUCAACCGAGUGUUUGCCACGUCUUACCGAGACGGUACCUUAUUCCGAUGCUCAGAGUAGAGUUUUAAAUGGCACGAAUGGGGAUACGGACAAUCACUCUAUGUCACCUUCCUCCGUUUCUAUUAUUGACGAAAUUGACAACGCCGAUGCCAGUUCUACAUCAGUGGUAUUGCGUCUCGCAUCGAGUGCCGCGACUGCCGCCGAGGGUUCGCAGUGCAGCAGCAAUUGCAGCACAGUAGUCGUUGUCAACACGUCUACGGGCGGACCAUCACGAAUGCGUCGGACCUCAACGACCUCUAGCUUAGAGUUAGGCUACUCGCAUACAGCACAAAACUCUGCGAUCUCCUCAGAGACAGCCAGCUUUCCGGGCGCUAUUUAUGACAGAUGUAAGAAGACAGGUAAAUACACAGGUAUCGAUAUUGCGAGCGAAACCAGCGGUGUGUAUACUCUGAGAAGCAGCGAGAUGCAAGACGAAAGGAUCGAUCUGUAUUCGCCUACAGGUGAUACCAAUGAAUCCUCGGCGACGAGUGAUGUUUGCAUCCUGAGCUCGGUUCAGUCCACCACCGAUGAAGCGUCCAUCACAUCCGGUUUCUAUACCAUUCACAGCGGAUUACGAUCUGAAAGCAGUGAUGUUUAUACGGAAGAUGUUGGCACCGAAGAUCAGGAACCGAUAUACAGCGUUUGCAAAGACGAUGACGAUGGAGUCUCUCUGAGUCAACAGCUCGAGGAAUCGCGCUCGCGUAGCAAUAGCAUACUCAGCAUCAGCAGCUUCCGAGGUGAUGGCAGUGAUCCGUCUAGCGUGAGACCGUUAUUGUCAGCUGAUGAGUUGUCGGAUUUAAUAGUCGGCAGGUAUCCCCCGCGCAAGACCGUCAGUAACUCGAUGGACUCGGACUGCGAUUAUGUGACCAUGCCGCCGCCACCACCAUUGCCACCACCUAGAACAGACAGCGAUCGACAACCGCCACCGCCGCCGUAUCCUAUAGACAGCAUCGACUAUGCGACAAUCAAUGUCUCGAAGAGAUCAAACAUACCAGAACUUUCUCGAGAACGCGAACCACCACCGCCGCCGCCACCGUAUAAUACGACAUGCGGUGAUUUCGUCCCAUUACCGCCCAGACGAGCCGAUCCACCACCACAACCACCACCACCACCAUCACCACCAUCGUCAUCUCAAUCAACGUCAAGUCUGGCAACUGUCUAUACGAGUCAGGUUGCACGAUCGCAGAUAGAACAAUACAAACAACAACUUUAUUCCGACGUCGACUAUGUUAUGUUUCCACUCAAGGAUCCGGCGGUAUCGAAACAGGAAUAUAUCGAUGCUAAACAAGGUUCUCUUCUGGCAGCUAUGGCAGCCUAUCCGCCGCCGCCGCCGUACCCAUCCUUUAGCAAGUCCUCGGUGAUGUACCGUAGCACACCCUACCUUCCAGGUUCCUCUUUUUCCUCUCAAUCUAAGUAUGCAUCCAAUCAGAAUUUAAGUUCCAGCGAUACCGGCAGUUCCGGUGGAAAUUACUUCCACGGCAAUCUAAAUAGCCAUUAUGCUGCCAGCACUAACUCACUGUACAGUGGUGCAACCUGUUCAUCGACAAGCAGUCAUAAUCUCAGAAGGGAGCCGCCCAUGCCAGCACAUUCUUAUACACUAGACGCAUUCUCGCGAACUAGGAGCGACGAGAAUAUUCUUAAAUGCUUGGAUACCUUGAUCGCGAGCAAAAUACAGUCCGUACCCCAGUCCAAACACCGCAGAUUACCGCCACCUCCACCACCACCACCUUAUGAAAUACAGAAUUUAGAAAAGAAUCAGCCUCUGCCAUCAUCUUCUUCAGCGACAGCUUCCUCCGUCACAACGAUAAACAAAUAUAGAAAACUUAGCAACGGUGUCGAGGAAACUGAUGAAGGAAAGAGUGAUGAUAUGCUAGACAUACGAACACUUCGCGAAAAAAGUCGUAAUUUAGAUUUACCCUUAAUCUCCGCGUUAUGCAACGAUCAAUAUCUGUUAAAGCAGACGAAGGCCUUCGUUUUGCCGAAGCAUCCAAGCGAUGUAACUUCCACUACUGCGUCCACGAAGAGCGGUACACGGAACAGCAACGGGACGACAUCUAGUAGGAACAAAUAUCCAGUGAGCGGACUGUCAACAACACAAAUUCAGAAGCCACUUAGAAAAUCCUCGACGAGCACUCACAAGCAUCCCUCCGAAACAAAGAACAAUACCUACAAGAUCAACACGUCUUCCACAGGAGUCUCAACUAUUAAGAAGGACUUUACAAGGGCAUCUCAUUCCUAAUGCUUGUGUAGAAACCUUUCUUUAUUCAGAUUUUUAUAGCUCAGGAUGAAAGUAUAUUCCAUAAUCCUAUAAUCAUUAUCGCGCGUUAUGAUUCAUCGAUUUAAUAUAAUGAAUACAACGUA